GCAUCCCCACCCCCGGUUUCUCCCCACAAAUAACGACUUUGCUUUCUCUGCGUUUGCAAAAAGAGACAGAGAAGACGGGGGCUAUUUCCGAACACCAUAUCCGCUGGGAACUUGGGGGGCGGAUUCUGCCAGGGCGGGGCUGCCCGCCGGUGGCACCGGAAGAACCUACGCCAGAGCCACGUGGCCCGGUAGUGGGCGGGCGGAAAGGAGGCGGUGGUGGCGGUCAGUAGUACUGCCGCCGCCUGCCCGAGAGCAGUGGCCGCUCCUGCUGCUUCGGAGGUUGUGGACGAGGAGCUGGGGCUAGACCCCAGUAUGGGAUGGGUUCCGGAGCGGGGCCGCCUGGCGGCAGGGCUGCUGGUGAACUUAGCGGCGUCCAUCUGCAUCGUCUUCCUGAACAAGUGGCUGUAUGUGCGAACGGGCUUUCCCAACCUGACCCUGACCCUGGUGCACUUCGCCGUCACCUGGCUGGGGCUGUACGUGUGCCAGGCGCUGGGUAUCUUCGCCCCCAAGAGCCUGCGGUCCCGCCAGGUGCUGCCUCUGGCGCUCAGCUUCUGCGGCUUCGUGGUGUUCACCAACCUGUCCCUGCAGAACAACACGAUCGGCACCUACCAGUUGGCCAAGGCCAUGACCACGCCGGUCAUCGUGCUCAUCCAGAGCGUGGCUUACGGCAAGACUUUCCCUACCCGCAUCAAGCUCACCCUGAUUCCUAUUACUUUAGGUGUUUUCCUAAAUUCCUAUUACGACAUGAAAUUUAACUUUCUUGGCAUGGUAUUUGCUUCUCUUGGUGUUCUAGUUACAUCUCUUUACCAAGUGUGGGUAGGAGCAAAGCAACAUGAACUACAGGUGAACUCCAUGCAGUUGCUGUACUAUCAAGCCCCAAUGUCUUGUGGUAUGCUGUUGUGUGUCGUUCCCUUCUUUGAACCAGUAUUUGGCGAAGGUGGAAUAUUUGGUCCCUGGACACUUUCUGCAGCGUUUAUGGUGCUGCUCUCUGGAAUAAUAGCCUUUAUGGUGAACUUGUCAAUUUACUGGAUCAUUGGGAAUACUUCACCAGUAACCUACAAUAUGUUUGGACACUUCAAAUUCUGUAUCACCCUCAUGGGAGGCUACCUCUUAUUUAAGGACCCUUUGUCAAUUAAUCAAGGCCUUGGGAUUACGUGCACAUUGUUUGGCAUUUUAGCUUAUACUCACUUCAAACUGAGUGAGCGAGAAGGGAGCAAGAGCAAGCUUGUUCAGCGUCCAUAGUAUUGAUAUGGAUGGCGAAUGAGUCCUUUGAAUAUGCACUGGUUUAAAACAAGCAAAAUGAAGAAAUAGAUGUCUCCUGUUACUGUUUAUUAAGGUACUGUCAUUCUGUUUUUUAAAAAUAUUUUUGAAAAAGAUCAGUUCCCUUUUUUAAAAAAACCAGGCCCUACAUAAACUCAACUUCUACAAUAUUGUUUUUUCUAUUACAUGUAAAUUAUUUCUAUAUUAAUUACAGUGGCAAUUCCAAGAGAACUCUCCUAUUUUAUACCAAAUGGACUCAUCAAGGUAGAUAUGACAUUAAUUGCCAAAGGCAAUCAUUCUGACCUUUUGAUUAUGUCAGUAUUACCAUUGCUAGAAAGGAGACUAUACUGAUACUGUAAAGUCAAAUGAACAUUGUAUCUUCUUAUUCUGGUAAAGAAUGGAAAAUCAAUUUUCACUUUUUGUUUGCUUUUUUUUAACAAACUUUGGAAUGAAAUCUGGAGUUCAAUAUAUGCAUGAAUGAAUAUAUUUUUCCCUAUUUUUAACAAUCCAGUAGAAAGUACUUAUUUCAGAAAACUAGUUUCUUUAUUCACUGUUAAGCAAAAUUCUGGUAUGCCAGACCAAUUAAGACUUUUAGAACAAUCUGAUCCUUUGCAGCAUGAUCAGAUUUCUAACUUCACGAAAUAUUUUGAAACUGGCUGCAGGGCAGGCUGCUGUAAUUUGAAGUACUUUUCUUCAUGCCCUACUUCAAGACCCAAAAUAAAUUAUACAAGAGGGCAGAUUCUUUAAUGUACAAUUCUUUAAUGUACAAUUUAGAGAGUCAGUGUGGUGUAGUGGUUAAGGUGUUGGCCUGCUACCUGGGAGACCAGGGUUCGAAUCCCCACAUAGCCAUGAAGCUCACUGGGUGCUUGGGCCAGUCAGUGCCUCUCAGCCUCAUGAAAACCCUAUUCAGAGAGUCGCCAUAAGUCAGAAUCGACUUGAAGGCAGUACAUUUACAUUUUUUAGGCCAGUCUGGAUAUAGCAUUUUCUGUCUCUCAGAUGGGUUUGUGUACAUCCUCCAGGCUUGUGUGUAACAAACACACACACACGCAUAUCAGCUUCAAACAUCAUGAAGAGUUAUAUCUGUGCUAGUGUUAACAAUAGCUAAUGCCAAGCAGUGUUUGGUCAAUAACCAGACGUUUUAAUCAGCUUCAGUUCUUGGUUUAAAAUGCUGGUUAAGAUAAACUCAGGUUAAUGUUAAUGUUUGUGCUGACAGUGCAUAACUAUAAUUAAGCUGUGAGGGACUUGCUUUUGAGUGGGAAAGGCUGGUAGGAUGGCACAUGUGAUCCCACAGACUGAUUCCAUGACAUAAAGGAUUCAAUGUCUGCUUCAGCCCCUUAUAAUGGAACUACACAGGAUUGAACAGGAAUGUGGGAAUGCUUCAAGAAGAUUGCAGACUGUGCCUUCAUUGAAAAAUCAAUACAUCAAAUUUCUGUAAAAUUUUAAAGUAAGGUGGUGGAGUUUUUAAGGAGGAAAAAAUGUAGCUUUUGGGGGAAGAAAAUAAAACAUCCACAGCAAUUAGUUGCUAUCUAAACCAAACUAUAUUUAUUGUUAAUUGGCUGGCUGUGAUAGCACGUUGGCCCCAGCACAAUUCUAGAGAAGACAGAAUUGGAAGGAACUGGACACAUGGAUUCUACCAGGAAGUGUGGUUUUUUGGUGGGGGGUUGGAUGGUUUAAAUGUGAAGUAUACCUUACAUGGGUCCAGACCUGCAAUUAUAAUUUUAAAAAUCUGAGGGGCGUGGCUAGCCUGCUACCAAAAUGGCUGUUUAAUUCUUCCUCAGCAACUUUCCUUGCUGAUUUCAUGCUAAAAGUAGAUGAUUGUCCAACUUUAUCUUGUUUUGUGAGUAGCAUCAGGCAGGGGAUGUAGGGGAGACUGUAUGCACUGUAAUUCUUAUUCUUCAGGCUCCUAGUCUCAUAGGUUUAGAGCGCUGUAACUUUUGACAGCUUGACAGAGAGUGAAACUGACAUGCUUAAGAUGACAACUAGCAAAGCAAAGGCGGGAAAGUUGUCAAAGGCCUGCAAAGGCGGAAAAGCUGUCUCUCUUGCUGAUUCAGCUGCACAGAUGCAGCAAAUGCAAAUCACCCUUACAGAAAGUUGGCAAGCUGCCCUAAAACCUUUGGAACAGUAGUUUAAAGAACUAACUGCCACAGUUGCAGAUGUUGCUACAACCACAGAUAAAGCUCUAGAGCUGGGUUUGAAGCAAAAAACUAGAACAGACAAGCUAGCAGAUCAAGUGCUUGACCUCCAGAUCAAACUGGUGGAUCAUCAAGGUGAAGUCACAGACAGAAUCUGCAAAUACAUGGGGUACAGGAAGAUGCUGGAAAAGGAUAUACGAUUGCCUUUAUUGUUGAAUUAUUUGCACAACUACACUUAGCAGAGCCUAUAGUAGAAGCUGACACUGAAAGAGCACAUUGCACAUUGUGACACAAGCCUCAAAAUGAUGUUCCCCCUUGGGACAUUGUUGUACAGUUUGAUACAUUUUGCAAACGAGAGUCAAUAUACACUGCACUUCACAAGCUUAAGCAUAUCUCCUAUGCAAAUUCCAAACCGCAGAUCUUUCAAAAAGUUUGCCCUAAAACCCUAUUGCGUCAUAAAAAAAUCAAGCCAUUCACUGAAAUCUUUCAGAAAGCUGUUGGUUACCUCUGAGGCUACCCUUUCAAGCUUAUGGUUUAACAGGGAUCUUGAUUGUAUACAGCUUCCAUGACAGGGCAAGCAUCUGUGCUCCUGCAUGAGCUGGGGCUUGAGCUUCUGAAUUUGCCUCCUGAAUCUCCACAUGACAGAAGUACCCCUUCACUAUCUACCAAAUGGUCAAAGAAAAAGAAAUGUGGUGCUUUCAAAUCUACAGCUCCCAAUUCCCCUGCUGAUCCUGUUGAUGACUCCCCUUCUGAGCCAGACUGAAUAUUCUGCUGGACAACUUCUGCCUUUUUCAUGUAAUUGUCCACUUGAGGAAUGUUGUGCUGAUCGUUCUUUAAUUUUUAUGUUUUGCCACUAUCCUGUUGUUGUAAAGGUCGAAACUUAGGAAUCAUGGAGUAUAUCUCCAGAUUGUAAGGCUUCUGUGUGUGAAGUCUUCCCCACAUUAUGGGUUGACUCAGUGUUUAGAUGGUUUAUGGUUUGGUUUGUACUACAAAGUUUGUUGUCACUUUCAACACUCUCUACCUGCACAAAGUCUCUCCACCACCAUCAUACCUGUCUCACACCAUUUUAACUUUGUCUUAUGCCUGGGAUGAAGCUUUUCUCAAUUAAUGUAAAUGGCCUGGGGACCCCUGUUAAGGGAGCUAGAACUGGGGCCCUAUUACAGAAAGAAGACAUUGCCUUCUUGCAAGAAAUGCACCAGAGGAGUACAUUCUCCAACAAACUUGAAGGUCGAUGGAUUGGCGACUAUUAUGCAGCCUGUGCAUUGUCUCAAUCAAGAGGUGUUGCCAUUAUUAUCGCAUCCAGAUGUCCUUUUCAAGUAACUGACUCACUCUUAGACCUUAAAGGCCAAUCGUUUUUUCUUUAUGGCUCUAAUGGAGAAUCAAAAAUGACACUGGCAUCUAUCUACUGCCCUAAUAUUCAAAAAUCUAUUUUCCUGCAAGAUGGCUUGAAUCAUCUAGAAAUGAAGGUGACAUCAUAGUUUUGUUGUUAUGUGCCUUCAAGUCGAUUAUGACUUAUGGCAACCCUAUGAAUUAGUUACCUCCAAUAGCAUCUGUCAUGAACCACCUUGUUCAGACCUUGUAAGUUCAGGUCUGUGGCUUCCUUUAUGGAAUCAAUCCAUCUACCUGUGUGAGUUUCUGCAAGACCUGCUCCCUGCAUUUCUGGCUGGUUUCCGCCUGGCCUGGAGGGGCGGGGCCCUGUCUCUCUCCAGCUACGGGGGCGGCGGCUGCUGAAGGGGCCAGAGACCGUGUGUGUAUAUGUGUGUGUGAACCUGCUGCUCGGGAUGUCUAUAGACUACUGGGGUUUGUUUUGUAUUAUAUGUUAUAUUUUACUCUAUGUUAUAUUGUAGUCUAUGUACGCCGCCUAGAGUGGCCGUUAAUUCGGCCAGAUAGGCGGCCUAGAAAUAAAAUUUUAUUAUUAUUAUUA